AAGCCCACCUUCCCCCGCUCUUGUAUAUCUCUGGCGGCACAACUCAUUUACCUGCCUUCGUACUGCUGACCGCCAGACCACCUAUACCUUUCGACUCUUACCUCUGGAUUCAUAGAUGUCCGUAUUGUCAAGGACCUUCGUGCACUGCAUUUUUGCGCCUCGCGUAGCGUCCUUAACGAGCACCCGAACCGCAGUUGUAUCUGCACUCGCCACGCAAGUUCGAGUGCUAGCCUCGACCCUUUUGGCCGUUUCCGCUGCGCGGUUCGCCCCCGCGAUCCGCUGCUAACGCCGUUCACCACCGUGCGGCCCGUGGCGGCAGUGCAUUCCGCGAAGUAUCCGACCGUCUCUUCCACGCGCGCGUCACGCCAGUGGCUGUCCCAUUGCUUGCGCGGCUCGGCGAGCGGAAUCUGGGGGAUAUGGUGCAUCAGACCACCGCGCUCUCUCCCCACCUGAGGCUCACUGCCUCCUUCUGCGCCUCUCGGUCGCGCCGCACGCUGCUUCCGCCGCCUAUAGCGGGCACGGAGUGGCUCCACGCAGCCAACAAAGGCUGUUUGAUCGCCACGGGAGCGGACAGCAGGAUACCCGUCUCUCAUUUUCAGGUUUCGGGGAGGGCUUUGCAUGCUGCCAGCGACACAUUGCUCAGAAUCCGGCCUUGCGCCAUGGCGCGCGGGGAAGAGGGAUCUAGCAAGGUCGGCGCAGAGGGGGGGGUUUUAACACAGAACCGGCGAACUCGCGUGAGGCUGACGUGCGCGCUAAUCUGUCUAGAACAGCCAGCAACGCGAGCUCUGAUAGCGGCAGCAGCAGCAACAGCAGCCAUGGGCGGAGCAGUCUAGUGGUGAUCUCUUUCUACAAGUUCGCUCGGCUGGACGACUUCGAGGCGCUGAAGCGGCCGCUGGAGCAGGUGUGCCGCGACCUGCGCGUGUCGGGCGGCGUGAUCGUCGCGCGGGAGGGCAUCAACGGCAGCAUCUGCGGCACGCCCGCCGCCGCCGCCGCCAAGGGGAAGGGGGAGGGGAGGGGGGCGCAGUGGACGGGCUGUCGGAGUGUUCUCCGCUGGCGGCGGGGAGAGACGCGCCCUUCAGAUGGAACCACGUGCGCGUUAAAGUGAAGAAAGAGAUCGUGACGCUGGGCAUGCCCGAGGUGAAUCCCGCGGAUGGCGUGGGCGCGUAUGUCAGUCCGCACGAGUGGAACCACCUCAUCUCCGACCCCACCACCGUGGUGGUGGACGUGCGCAACGACUACGAGACGCGCAUCGGCGCCUUCAAGCAUGCCAUCGACCCGCACACACGCU